GUGACGGCCGCGCGCGUCCCCGGCCGCUGCGGGCUGUGAGGCCGAGGAGAAAAGACUGCGAGGCGGCCACGGCUGUGGCCUGAGAGGUGGGAGUCGGAGGUGAAGCCCUCGCGGGGGCAGGGUGAAAGUCAGCCCCUCCGGGGUCCUAACUCGCACAGGAUGAACCAGCAGUGGAAGAGCAAACACAGUGAAGUGGCUGCAUGGCGGUAGAGAUGACUCCUUACUUUUGUGAUGAGCUCCUGUAGGGUCUAUAAUAGAAAUGGAAAACAUUCAUUUUCUUAACAAAAUUUUGAGUGUUCUACGUCUGCCAUACAUUAUAUAUGGAAAUACAGAAAUGAGCCAAGAGUGGCCUAUUCUCUGCCCUUAUAAAGCCCACCCACCUAUGGGGAAACUGACAUUAACAAAAUAAUUCCACAGGAUGGCUGGCUGUGGUGAAAUUGAUCACUCAGUAAACAUGCUUCCUACGAACAAGAAAGCGAAUGAGUCCUGUUCUAAUACCGCACCUUCUCUAACUGUCCCUGAAUGUGCCAUUUGUCUGCAAACAUGUGUUCACCCAGUUAGUCUGCCUUGUAAACAUGUUUUCUGCUAUCUGUGUGUAAAGGGAGCUUCAUGGCUUGGAAAGCGAUGUGCCCUAUGUCGACAAGAAAUUCCUGAGGAUUUCCUUGACAAGCCAACCUUAUUGUCACCAGAAGAACUCAAAGCAGCAAGUAGAGGGAAUGGUGAAUAUGCAUGGUAUUAUGAAGGAAGAAACGGGUGGUGGCAGUACGAUGAACGCACUAGUAGAGAGCUGGAAGAUGCUUUCUCCAAAGGUAAAAAGAGCACUGAAAUGUUAAUUGCUGGAUUUCUGUAUGUUGCCGAUCUUGAAAAUAUGGUUCAAUAUAGGCGAAAUGAACAUGGACGUCGCAGGAAAAUUAAGCGGGAUAUAAUAGAUAUACCAAAGAAGGGAGUAGCUGGACUUAGGCUGGACUGUGAUGCUAAUACUGUAAACCUAGCAAGAGAGAGCUCUGCUGAUGGAGCGGACAGUGUAUCGGCACAGAGUGGAGCUUCUGUUCAGCCUCUGGUGUCUUCUUCUGUAAGGCCCCUGACAUCAGUAGAUGGUCAGUUAACAAGCCCUGCAACACCAACCCCUGAUGCAAGCACUUCUCUGGAAGACUCUUUUGCUCAUUUACAGCUCAUUGGAGACAGCCUGGCUGAAAGGAGCCAUAGAGGGGAAGGAGAAGACCAUGAAUUACCAACUUCAGGCAGGGUACCAGCACCAGAUACUUCCAUUGAAGAAACUGAAUCAGAUGCCAGUAGUGAUAGUGAGGAUGUAUCAGCGCUUGUUGCACAACACUCCUUGACCCAACAGAGACUCUUGGUUCCUAACACAAACCAGACAGUAUCUGAUCGAGCAGAUCGAUCAGGAACUGAUGGAUCACUAGCAGGGGGUGUAACAGUGAGUAGCACUGUUAGAUCUAGAAGGCCUGAUGGACAGUGCACAGUAACCGAAGUUUAAAUUAAAAAAGUCUUCAACUCCAUGCUCAAGGUUAAAAUGGUUAUCUGUAAAUUUCUGCCCACAUAACAUACUCAUCCCUAAUAAUACAUUUUGGGAGUUGGGGUGGGAAGGGGUAUAGGAAGGAUAGAUCUGUAAUUAAAAUGUCUAACAUGUCUCUGUUGAGAAAUUUAUUUAAUAUAAGGAACUUGGGUGUUAAUAGUUGAGAGUUGUUUAGUAAUAACCCAGUUUUCUUGAGGUCUGUUUAUUUUACAGUUUUUAAAGAUUUCUAAAGUUCUUUUGGCCGGUGUAUCUGUAUUAUCUGUGCAUUUAAUCGUCCCAUCUGACUCUUGCAUUUUGUCUUAACUUUUCUGCAUGGAUUGACUUAAAACCAUUAACUAAAAUUUGGCACCUAUGAAAUGUCCAGUAUCAGUUUUAACAGGAAGCUUAAUGUGAGAAUACAUGUGAAUUUGGGAUUUUAAAAUAGACGAAAACUUUACUAGUAAAGUUACUGAAAUGGAAGUGUAAAGAACACCUCUAAUAACUGAACGUUCCAUAAUCUUGUCUGUAACAUAUUUCAUGGCGUUCCCAUACACUUUGCUGUCUAGUCCUUGUAGUUUGAUGUUUCUCUUGAUCCAGUUUUCUUUUUGAUUACAAAAUUUAUAAUUUAAUAAAUACUAGAGUUUAUCAAAAAUAAAUCGUCUCUUGCUUAGGUCUGGAAAUGGGAUGGAAACAUUUUGACGUUUGUGGCCAAAGGUCAUUAAAAAUGUGGUAAUUUCAAGUGGUGGUGUUCAGCUUAAAUAAGUCACCUGCUCAGAGAAGUCUGUUUUUUUUUGUUUUUGUUUUUUUUUUUCCCCGUAGGGGGCAUUAAACAAUCUACAGGCAUUGUGCAUGGAGUAAAUACACAUAGAAGUAAAUGAAGAGCGUAUGAGAUGGAUUUCUUAAAUAAUCAAUAGGAGAGAAUAUUUUUCUUGCCAGUCUUCAUUAGCAAUCUAACACUAAUCUGAAUGGUAGGCUUACUUAUAAACAGAGUAUAAGUGUUUACUUAUACUGAUAGUAUUCAUAGACACAAAUUCACUUUAUACAAAAUGUUGUAGAACCUGUGGCCAGGUAGGAAGUAUUGGGUUGACUUGGUUACUCAGAAUUUGAUUCUGUAAAAAAGUAAUAUAAGUUGGUCUUACUGUAUUUUCCUAACUCAAAACAGUAGGAUCAUGUUGAUGAAGUUUAUGUAAGAGUUUAAUAUGAUUUUGAGGUGUGAAUUGAGUUUUAAAAAUAGCAAAUAAAAACUGUCACUACUUUGAAAUUAUCUUUUACCUCUGUGAUAUGUUAAAAUUGGGACUUAAUUCUUUGACUUAUGUUUUUUAUAGUCUGUUACUGAUAUAAUCAUGAUAUUAAGUUAUGUAUUUUUACUAAAUUCAGUUUUAAAAGUUAUAAAAGAAUAAAGGCUAGCUACUUUUCAGGAAAAACAGAAAUCUGAUGUACAGUACAAAUGGAGGUUACAGAAUGCCUGUAGUAAAAUUGAAAAAACAGCAGUAAAUUCCAGGGCACACAAAUGAAUGGCCAGUUUUGUAGUCAGUAGACAUGCUACAUGGUGGCCAUCCUUGUUUAGUAUGUAAUUUAAAAUAUAAAAUUAUUAGAAACAUCAAAUAAAUAAAACUCCAAAUUUGUAGGGGGUAAGCUGGGGAGCAUCUUUCAUUCUCCAUGCCUUCUUAGAGCACAAAACGAUUGGUGAUACCCUUUCCUGUUUCCACUUUUGUUCUUUAAUUUCAAGUUUCAUUAAGGUUGUUUUUUGUUUUUAUAAAUUAUUUUCCAGAUAAGGCAGAACAAACAAUAAAAAUAACCCCAGGAGUAGGUUUCGUAUAGAAAUUUUCUUUAAUAUGAGUAAAUGUUGUAAAGAUUUUUAUUUAUUUACCUUUAGAGGGGAAAGGAAGGAGAGAGGGAGAGAAACAUCAAUGUAUGGUUGGUUGCCUCUCAUGUGUCCCCUGCUGGGAACUGGCCUACAACCCAGGCAUGUGCCCUGACUGGGGAUCAAACUGCAAUCCUUUGGUUCGCAGGCCUGUGCUCAAUCCACCGAGCUACGCCAGCCAGGGCUGAAAUUUUUUCUUUUAAAAACUAGUUUUUGGUUAUAGGCUAAGAAAUGGUAUGGGAAUUUGGGAGUGGGUAUUAAUUUUUAAGCCAAAAGUAUUUUGUAUGUAGUCAAACAUUCCAGAUUUACUUGGUAAAUGCUGAAAUACAAUAAUUUCCACCCCUCCCUACAUAUGUACUUUCACUUUGAGGUUUUCGUUACCUACAGUUAACUGUAACCCAAAAAUAUUAAAUGGAAUAUUCUAGAAAUAAGCCAUGUUUUCAAUGGUAUACUAUUCUUGGUAGCAUGAUGAAGACUUACAUUGUCCUACAUCACCCUACCCAGGACUUGAAUCCCUUUGUCCAGUGUAUCUGUGUAUUCUACCUGCCUGUUGGUCACUUAGUAGCUCUGUUAUCAGUAUCACAGUGCUUGCUUGUUCAGAUAAACCUUAUUUUAUUUAAUAAUGGCCCCAAAGUGCCAGAAUAGUGAUGCUGG